AUUUAGAUACAUAUAAUAAGACACGUCCUUUUUUAAAUAUAUACAACUUUUUUUUUUUUUUUAACAUCAUAAUAGACGUUCAUUCAAGAGCAACAGCAAUAUUAAACAAAAAGUAAAAAUAAAGAAAUACGAUAGAAAAAAAAAAUUCAUACGCAUUGCUUGAAAAUUACUUAUUUACACUUUAACCAAAUUAACAAAUGGACACAAAUACACCUAAAUUAGAAGAAGGCAAAAGACCACGCGAAGAAGAGACAUUAACUCAAAAACCACCAGAGUCCACCCACGAAACACCUACACAACCACCACCAGCUCAAAAGCCACGCCCUGAACAACGUAAACCACAAUAUGAAUUAAAAUAUUCCUUAGUCGGUCAUCGUAUGUCUGUCUCUAGUGUGAAGUUUUCACCUGAUGGCAAAUGGUUAGCUAGUUGUUCUGCUGAUAAAACAAUCAAAAUUUGGCAUGCUUUGGACGGUAAAUAUGAAGCCACAUUAGAAGGUCAUACACAAGGUAUUUCAGACGUUGCUUGGUCUUCGGAUUCUCAAAAUUUAUGCUCUGCUUCUGAUGACAGAACAAUUCGUAUCUGGAGCCUUGCUACACGUGAAACUGUUAAAGUCUUAAAAGGACAUUCUAAUUAUGUUUUCUGCGUUAAUUAUAAUCCCCAAUCUAAUUUAAUUGUUUCCGGUUCAUUUGAUGAAAGUAUCAAAAUUUGGGAUGUCAAAAAGGGAAAAUGUAUGAAGACAUUACCAGCACAUUCAGAUCCAGUGUCAGCAGUUCAUUUUAAUAGAGAUGGUACAAUGAUUGUAAGUUGUAGUCAUGAUGGCUUGAUUCGUAUUUGGGAUACAGCAAGUGGACAAUGUUUAAAGACAUUAGUAGAUGAUGAUAAUCCACCAGUGUCUUUUGUCAAGUUUUCUCCUAAUGGUAAAUAUAUUCUUGCAUCCACAUUAGACAAUACCUUACGACUAUGGAAUUAUCAUACUGGUAAAUGUCUCAAAACAUACCGAGGACAUGAAAAUAGCAAAUAUUGUAUCUUUGCUAGUUUUAGUGUGACAGGAGGGAAAUGGAUUGUGAGUGGUAGUGAAGAUCAUAAUAUCUACAUUUGGAAUCUACAAACCAAAGAAAUUGUACAAAAACUAGAAGGCCAUUCUGACGUUGUUCUUUGUAUUGCUUGUCAUCCUACAAUGAAUAUUAUUGCUUCAGGUUCAAUUGAUCAAGAUAAGUCUGUUAAACUUUGGUUUGAUAAAUCAUAAACAUGAUGCAUAUAUAUAGAGAGAGAGAGAGAAAGAGAGAAAGAAAGGGAAUAAUGAUAAUGAUAACGAUAAUAAAAAAAUAUGUAUUUUUUUUCUUUUUUUAUUAUUUAAAUCAAGGGCAGAAAAGAAAGG